UCCGUUCCCAAAAUUGGACCGAUUUCACUCGGAAUCAACAUCGUCAAGUCGGAAGGCGCCGCCGCGUUAUUCUCCGGCGUCUCCGCUACUCUUCUCCGUCAGACUCUCUAUUCCACCACCAGGAUGGGUCUAUACGAAGUGCUUAAGACCAAAUGGUCUGAUCCUGAGUCAGGGAAGCUGAGUCUGAGCCGUAAGAUCGGUGCGGGGCUUGUCGCUGGUGGGAUCGGAGCCGCCGUUGGAAAUCCAGCCGACGUGGCGAUGGUUAGGAUGCAAGCUGACGGGAGGCUUCCUUUAGCACAGCGUCGUAACUACGCCGGAGUAGGUGACGCGAUCAAGAGCAUGGUGAAAGGAGAAGGCGUAACGAGCUUGUGGCGUGGCUCGGCUCUGACGAUUAACAGAGCAAUGAUUGUGACUGCAGCUCAGCUUGCCUCUUACGAUCAGUUCAAGGAAGGGAUACUGGAGAGUGGUGUGAUUGAGGAUGGGCUCGGGACUCACGUGGUUGCGAGUUUCGCGGCGGGGUUUGUUGCUUCGGUGGCUUCGAAUCCGGUGGAUGUGAUAAAGACGAGAGUGAUGAAUAUGAAGGUGGGAGCGUACGAAGGCGCGUUGGAUUGUGCGGUUAAGACGGUUAGAGCUGAAGGAGCAAUGGCUCUUUAUAAAGGCUUUGUUCCUACGGUUUGUAGGCAAGGACCUUUCACUGUUGUUCUCUUCGUUACCUUGGAGCAAAUCAAGAAGCUGCUUCGUGAUUUUUGAUACUACUACUAGUACUACUAUUCUUUUAUUGAUGAUGACGACUACUUUAUACUAUUGAUUUAUUCAUUUUUGAAAUACAGAAGUGAACCCAAAAGAGGGAGAGAGGAGUUCAAUAUAUUUUUUGUUC